UGUUUUCUCCCUGGAAAAUAGACGGUUCUGAGUAUUGAACAAGUUAUCUCCGCUCCCUGGGCGUUGUCACUGCUAUGGCUUCCCGUCAGUUGUUGUCCAUAACUCAUCAGAUAUGUACACCCCAGCUCCCACCUCUUUGCCCACUAAAAAAAGGAAGGCUACAAAGUCUGUAGGAAAGACCACUUCAUCCUCCAAGAAAUCCUGCACUGCACCGGCUACAAGCUCGCACACAAAAGGUAAAGCUGUAGCAGUAAACUCUCAACUGUCGAUUCAUAACCUAGAGCAGAACGCUGCUCAACCAAGUUCAGCUGAACAUUCAGUUAUGGCAAAAUUUCCUAUCCACACUUCAUCUGUUGCAAAAAGCUUAUUCAGCCCACUCCAAUCUCAAGUCCAUUCAUCUCCCUGCACACCGCAACAAUGCCAUCCUGUAGAACAACCAGCUGCUUAUCAAACAGAAAGAACAUCAUCAUAUAUGGUUGCAAAUGCUCAUUCCCAAGCCCAACAGGACAUUGCUUCCUCCCCUUUGAAAUCAACCACCCACAAGACAUCGAAAAGGGAACAUGUCAAAGGCAAGUUGAAUUUUGACAGUACUGAUGCAGGGCAAGGUUCAAAUGAGCAGGUUUGUGAGAAGGCCUCUACCUCCUCUGAUGGAGACAAACAAGAUGACUUUGAAAUUAAUUUUACCAAUCUCGAUAUAUUUGAUGGUGAAUUUUCGUUUUCUGAGCUUCCUUCAUAUAUUCUUUUUGGAUUCAUUUUGCAUCAAUGUGGAGCUUUAUUCUAUUAUUUCUGACACCGGAUUACAAAACUGGCAGAAAAU